AUGGCAGUCCUCGAUCGGCGUAGCUUUGUUAUCUCCGAGCGAACGCUGGUCCCGGGUCACUUCAAUGCACUUCUGGCAUCACCAACCAAGAUAGACAAGGCUUGGGACCACACAGCUGCAGUAUCGCAGACAUUGCGGGAACAUUCCACUCCAGCGUCCCAUCUGACGGGAAUCAUAACAAGAGAUCCUAACAAAGACUUGGACAACAACGUCGCUCAUUCAGGACGUAAGCGCACGCUUCGCAGCAUCAGGACCCUCGAUCCUUCCAAGCUCAGUCGUCACGACUAUCUCGACUUCUCUGGCAUCGGCCCCAGCUGCGCGUAUGUCGCGGUGCCGCCGGGUGCUCGCAUUCCGGACGCAGCCGUCAAGACAUCUCCCUUCACCUACAUCCGCCUCUUCCCUCGUGGAUGGCGUAGUCAUACUUUCCCAACGAAUGCCAAAGGGUUCCUAUACUACUACAAGCCUCCACACUCUCCCCCCAUGGCAGGGCAGAUACGGUUCCGCUGCAUGCAGUCCGAUAGCCCGCAAGACUUCGCCUCAGGGUACGAUCUCUGUGGGGAUAACGGUCUUCCAUGGAGCGUUCCGCUUGUCUUAUGCGGACACACCGCCUGCUAUGCACCCAUUUUGGAUGUCGCCCUCCGCGAUGGCUUGAUAUCUCACAAGCUUGUGGACCUCAUGCAGAAGACCCCGACCCCGCGCAAGUUGCCGGUGGCUGAUCGAUUGGUAUAUACUUUGGGUCAGCCGUUCGCUCUACGGAUGGGAGCGGCGGUUGGGCCGACGAUUUCGUUUCUGGGAAAAGACCGCUUUAUUGCGGAUGUCUUGACAACAAUCUCCGGGUCGCCGUCGAAGAGAAAGCCCCUAUACCAAGCCCAGGAUCCUCGUCCCCUCGCCCUUCGGGAGCUCGCGCUCCUCGAGCUUUCAUUUUUUGCCCGCUGGUUGGUGCACACCACGUCGUUCACGGUGUUGCCCAAUGGGGACCACCAGCUCCUUUCUUCGGCGAUCCGCUCGCCACCCCUCCGGGCAUCCGUGCCCUCGCCACUCGCCACUCCUCCGGGCAGCUCGCUGCGCCCUCUCGUCGUUCCGCCUGCCCUCCGGGGCCUCUUACGCGGUGAUCCGCUCACUGCUUCCUCCCCAACCCGGCCCCCCGCCCGGCCGCAUCAUACUCCAUCCCUUCUCCUCGGGCCGGCCCGCCCUCCCUCGAUGAAUCCGCUCGCCAUCACUCCUCCUUGGGCCCGGGCCCCGGUGCCGGCCCCCGUUUGGGUGCAAUCACUUCCCUUUGGGCCGAUCCUCACGCUCAGCCUCCCGAGCCUCCGGCUCUCCGCUUCACUCUCCUUCCUGGCUUGA